AUGAGUUCAACUAAAGCAUUGUUCAUUUUGCCACUAAUAUUGUUUAUUGUUCCUUCUGCCUCUAAAUAUCAAGGCAUAUACACGCACCAUUUGGAUGAGGGCGUAAGGGUAAUUGUGCCACGAAAAGUGAAUCAUCUCGGUGAAAUUCUUUCACACGAAUUAACACACCAUCACUCAAAAGUGCAAGACGAUGAGCUCCGGUCGGGAAAUGAUGGACGGUGGCGUAGUCGCCGCAGUACAGUGCAAAAUAGUCCUGCGCAACACCUUCACUAUCACAUCGAUAUUGACGGAGAAACGCAUCACCUGGAACUUGAACCAUCGACGGCAACGUUUGUUGCGCCUUUAAUGGUGAUCGAGCGACAUCGACGCGACGUCCACACGCGAGCUCGGCCGUUGGGGCACAUCAACUGUCACUACCAAGGCCAGGUCCGAGGUCACGACCAAUCGCGAGUGGCGCUAUCCGCCUGCAAUGGACUGGUCGGUGUAAUGAGAACCAACAGGACAGAGUAUUGGAUUGAACCAGCAAAAAAUCUCCCCCUAGGUUCGAAUGGCGAGCAUCCGCAUGUAGUUUUCAAAAGAGCCGAUGUCAAAGAGACUCCAUCGAAGCAAAACUCGCGUUCUGUCAACAAAAAAAAGAAGCGCAAACGCAAGAAACGACAUUUAAGUAACUGCGGUACUAGAGAGCCUCGCCGAUUGACGGAAACGCGACUAGAAUGGCAACACCAGGGCAAGGUCCUCGUCCAAGGCGGUCGCAAAACGCGCAAUCCACAUCCUGAGCUGGCAGCAUCCUUACACCAGAAGACCAGAGAAGAAAGUGAAAGAAAUGUGAUUAAAACUGUUGGGAAGAGCAGGAGAACUCGUCGAAGCAUCAGCAAGCCCCGCCACGUGGAAGCCCUCGUAGUGGCCGAUCAUUCAAUGGUGCAGUUUCACCAGGACGUCGAUCUACAGCAGUACCUUCUGAUGAUCAUGAAUAUGGUAUCGUCACUGUACAAAGAUCCAACCAUCGGCAACUCCAUCCAGGUGACGGUGGUCAAGAUUAUUAUUCUUGAAGAGGAGGACUCACAUGCUGAUUUCAACGUGACACAUAUGGCCAGCAACACGCUGGAGAACUUUUGCCGUUGGCAGAGAAAUCUUAAUCCCAAACCGGACGAAGAUCCGCACCAUCAUGACGUGGCCAUUCUGGUGACAAGAAAGAACAUCUGCUCCAACUAUGGAUGCGCAACCCUUGGUGUGGCCAACGUAGGCGGCAUGUGUCGGCCGGACAAAUCGUGCAGUGUCAACGAGGACAACGGCAUCACCCUGGCACAUACGAUAUCCCACGAGUUGGGUCACAAUUUUGGAAUGUACCAUGAUACUGCGAAAACCGGUUGUGACCAUCGUAUAGGGCCGAUUCUACACAUUAUGACGCCCAGUUUCGAGGCAGACACUAUGCAAGUUUCAUGGUCAAACUGCAGUCGUCGCGAUAUAACACAUUUUCUAGAUCAGGGUCUUGGCCAGUGCCUCGAGGAUGCUCCCAGCCAAGAAGAGUACGAGUAUCCGGAACUACCUCCUGGAGCCAUGUACAACGCCGAUCUCCAAUGUCGACUGCAGUUUAACUCCACCGACGAAGACAUGACCGUGUGCUCAAAGCUGGACGAAAUCUGUACACAGCUUUGGUGUUUAGUUGGUGAAGUUUGCACCACAAUGUUACGGCCGGCAGCCCCGGGAACCAACUGCGGACGGCGAAUGUGGUGCCAGAAUCAAAAAUGCGUUGAGGUCGAAGAGCUGCCUGCGCCAGUAGAUGGUGGCUGGGGUGAUUGGAGUCCAUGGAGCGAAUGUUCCCGAUCGUGCGGUGUUGGUAUAGCUAAACAAACUCGGGAAUGUGACCAUCCAUCGCCGGCCCACGGUGGGAUGUUCUGCAUUGGAGAACGGGCACGCUACAAAACAUGUCACGUGAAGGCUUGUCCCAUAGGCACCCCCAGCUUCCGGGCUGAACAAUGUUCUUCGCACGAUAACGAUACGAUCAAGGGCGAAAAGUACAGCUGGCUGCCGUAUUUCGAUAAAAACGAACCGUGUGAGCUGUACUGCAGCAACACAGAAGACACAAUGAUUGUACCUUUCGGAGAUACGGCAGCGGACGGAACGUUUUGCAACCUGGGCACGAACGACAUGUGUAUAGGCGGUAUCUGUCGUACGGUUGGCUGCGAUUGGGUUGUAGAUUCGAACGCUACCGAGGACCGAUGCGGUGUUUGUGGAGGAACCGGUGAUACUUGCUACGUAAAGAAGGGUGAAAUCGUAAAGAAAAUUAACACCACCGAUGGUAUACAUAAUGUGCUGAUGAUACCAGCUGGUGCCAGAAAUGUACUUAUAGAAGAGAUUUCUCCCUCCAAGAACUUUAUCGGCAUUGGACGGUCAACAGGGAAUGACUGCUACCUUAAUUGCAAUCAUUUCAUUCAGCUUCCCGGCGAGUAUGAGGUAGCAAACAGUUUGUGUCUUUAUGAACGAGAAAAUGACCAGGAAAGACUUAAAAUUCCAGGCCCCAUUAUGGAGGAUGUGCACGUUUUCAUUGUAAUCAAGAAGAAAAACAACCACGUUGGACUACGUUUCGAGUAUACACUUCCUUCGCACAACAACACCAAUCAAUCCACGUAUUACUGGAAGCUGACCGACUGGUCCGUCUGCUCGGCAACCUGCGGAGGAGGAAAACAGUUCCGCGAGUCCAUCUGUUACCAAAUGGGAAAAGGAGUUGCCAAGGAGGAACUUUGUCUACGACAUGCGUUUGGCAAACGUCACGAACCAAUCAUUCGAGACUGCAACGAUGAUCCGUGCCCGUUCAACUGGUGGGUUGGUCCAUGGCAGCUAUGUCCAAUGACGUGUCGUAAAGCGAUCGGGCCUAUGCCCAUACGUCGGAGGUCGAUUUUAUGUGUGGAUUCUAACUCAAACGCUCGUCCGGACACGCACUGCAAUAAUAAGCCCCGGCCACACGACAACGAACCGUGUGGUGAAGAUUUACCUCUCUGCCAAGAACAUCAUCGACCCAGCCAUGAAACAGAGCGCCCCGAUACGAUAGUUCCCAUCGACGAUAGCAAUCUGUUCGAUCUUCCAUCACCAUCGACACCAGCUGACUAUGAGGUAAACAACAGCAUCUGAAACUACGGUUCGAACGGUUCGCGAGUGGUGCUGGAACAACGGU